AUGUCUGAAGAAACUACAUCAACUCUUCCUUUGGGUAUCCUGAACAUCGAGACUCCUUUUUCUCUCGAUUCCUGGUUGACACCGGUCAGCGUUUUUCCUCGGUCCACAGAAAAACGCUGCCUGCAAGCAACUGGAGAUUCCCUUCUAGCGACCAACAACUCAAGGUUCCGCACCUACGGCCUGAAGCUCCUCAACCUCGAUUUAGGACUUCGCCGGGGUUUCCACUUCGUUUUCCUCAUUGCAGAUGUCCGAAAACCUAUUAUCGGCGCUGAUUUCCUCCCCGAGUUCCGAUUAUUAGUCAACCUCAGUGACAGCGCCUUACAUGUUUACGUUUCCCACAAUUGGUGGCCAGAGAGAUCAGCACCUCAACGGCACCCCAACGCUCUCCUUUCACUGACUAUGACUCCCUCAGAACGCAUUUGA